CUUUUGGUUGGGGCCGUCCCGUACCUCAGGCAGGGAGAUGGUGGUUCCAAAAAGACAAAAAUGUCACUAGAGCAGAUCAUUUCUAGGCUCCAACUUGUUAUGAAAAGUAGAAAGUAUGUGCUAAGGUACAAGGAGAUUUUGAAGAUAAUCAUACCAGUCAAAGCGAAACUGGACAUCCUCGCAAACAACUGUCCUGACUUGAGGAAAUCAGAGAUAGAGUACUAUGCCAUGUUGGCCAAGACUGGUGUCCAUCACCACAGUGGCAAUAAUAUUGAAUUGGACACAGCGUGUGGAAAAUACUACAGAGUAUGUACACUGUCUAUCACUGAUCCAGGUGAUUCUGAUAUCAUUAGAAUGCCAGAGCAGACUGCCAAAAAGGAUUCUGAAGAGACAUAG